AAGCAAGACCAAGAAUCAUGCCUGAUCCGCCCACCGUCAAAGCGCCCAAGAAGGGCUCCAAGAAAGCCGUCUCCAAGGCCGUCACCAAGAGCGGCAAGAAAAGGAGAAAGUCCAGGAAGGAGAGCUACGCCAUCUACGUGUACAAGGUGAUGAAGCAGGUCCACCCCGACACCGGCAUCUCCUCCAAGGCCAUGGGCAUCAUGAACUCGUUCGUGAGCGACAUCUUUGAGCGCAUCGCCGGUGAGGCCUCUCGCCUGGCUCACUACAACAAGCGCUCCACCAUCACCUCCAGGGAGAUCCAGACCGCUGUGCGCCUGCUGCUGCCCGGCGAGCUGGCAAAGCACGCCGUGUCUGAGGGAACCAAGGCCGUGACCAAGUACACCAGCUCCAAGUAAACCUGAAGUAGACCACCAACCCAAAGGCUCUUUUAAGAGCCACCCACCUCUUCUAAAGACUGUUUCCUCCAGUGUUUAAUUGAAUACAACUGUCACUGCAGUUAUAAUGGUUCUAGAUCUUUGAAUCAUAAAAACUUGGGAUAUUCA